AUGCUAAAGGAGUUGGAUCUGGCGAGGCGUGAGGCAGAGGUUUCCUCAUUGGCCCAAGCAGAGCAGGAUGAGUUGGCUGAGCUCCGUGAAUGGCUGGCCGCGCCCGAGGGCGCCAAAGAUGAACACCGGCGAAUCGCAGGGCUCCGUGCUGAAGUCAAAGAGUGGCAAGAGACCUACAAGAAAGAGAAGGCAAGCUGGAUGCGGGCAAUUUGCGAGCUGACAAAACAGCGAGAUCUACAAGUAUCCCGCGCAGACCUUUUCGCUAAGCAGCUGGGGCAAUGGCGAGACAUCUUUCAGGAAACAGACCUGACCAACCUGGAACAGGAGUGGGAUCCUGAGUCCAGUUUCUAUGCUAAUGAAGAUGCUGAACGUCGAGAGUGCCAGCCUUAG